UGUUACUGUUAUUGUUUUUGUUUAUGUCCCCCUCGGGAGUGGGGACUCUACCGCAACACGCCCCACAUGAGUCGGAUCCCACUUCCGAUCCAAGUCAACAGUACCACACCCACCCAACACCAACACCAACACCAACACCAACAGCACUCACCAAACAGCCUCAUGACUAGCUCACAACGAUCCGCAAACAGGUCAGGACUACCUCGGCCAAAUAGCAUCUACUCUGACGACCCAGCACUCACCAGCAGCACCAGUCCAUCCUCACAUCGGAACACGAGUUUCCAGAGCUCACUGAGCGAGACUAGACAACGACAGGGUAGGAAGGAUGAAGCUAUCAGGAAGAAAAUCGAGAACGAACUACAACGUAAACGACCUGGUCAAAAACGCACCAAUAAUCAACCAGCCGGUAGCUCCGGAGGACCAAGACCGAAACGACAGGCCGGUACUGUGUCUGCAUUAAGACCCCUACCAGCCCUAACAGUACCCGAUAAUAUCACAGUCGCAGAUGCUUCACAGCUCUGUGCAGCUAAACGAACCGAUUGCGUCCUAGUGGUCGACGAGGAUGAACAUCUGUGUGGGAUCUUCACGGCGAAAGAUUUGGCUUUCAGGGUGAUCGGAGAUGGAAUGGAUCCUCGUACUACUCCUGUCUCGGCUAUCAUGACCCGUAACCCAAUGGUCACCAGGGAUACCACUUCGGCCACUGAAGCACUCACAACAAUGGUCACCAGAGGAUUCAGGCACUUGCCGGUCUGUAAUGAUGAAGGGGACGUGAUCGGACUGUUGGAUAUCACAAAAGUGUUUCACGAGUCACUCGAGAAACUCGAGCGCGCCUAUGGCUCCUCACAAAAGCUAUACAAUGCGAUCGAGGGUGUCCAGUCCGAGUUUGGGAGCGGGGGACGUGGCACGACACCUGGGGCGGUGAAUCCACUGAUGGCAUAUGUUGAGGCGCUGAGGAACAAGAUGUCCUUCCCUGAUCUAGGCUCGAUCCUAGAUGCCAGGACGAGCGCGGCAACGGUCGGAGUGAAGACCAGCGUCAAGGAGGCCGCCGUCCUCAUGCGCGAACAUCAUACCACCGCCGUCUGCGUGAUGGAAAGCGACGGAAGACGGAUUGCCGGGAUCUUCACCAGUAAGGAUAUCGUCCUCCGAGUCAUCGCCGCCGGGCUCGAUGCUAGAACCUGUAGCGUCGUUCGCGUCAUGACUCCUCACCCCGAUACCGCGCUUCCAAGCCUGAGCAUCCAGGAAGCUCUGCGUAAAAUGCAUGAUGGUCACUAUCUCAAUCUACCCGUUGUCGACGAGGCAGGACAACUUCAAGGAUGUGUAGAUGUGCUCAAGUUGACGUACGCGACAUUAGAACAAGUGAACUCGAUCAGUUCCGAGGUAACUAACGACGACUCAGGAGGGCCGGUCUGGAACCGAUUCUUCGCGUCUUUUGGCCAAGCGGGUUCGGUGGAUGAAGAUAACACGUCGAUCGUCUCAGGUUCCCAGCUCGCACACAGCGAGACGGGUCCGCACACGCCGCGACAUAAGACUGGACACGAUGGCCAGCAUCCCGGCCUCGAGACGCCCGGCUCAGAACUCGCACCCAAUGACUCAGCUUCCGUCGUCCAGGAGGACUACGAAUCUGCCCUCGCCGGCCGCAGUACCCUCCAGAGCGUGACCAGCAGCCAGCCGUUCACCGGCAUGGUCCCACUCGACUACGACGACGGCACUUACCUCUUCAAGUUCAUCGCCCCAUCCGGCUCUGCUCAUCGUUUCCAGGCUCGUUACGAUAGUUACGACUUCGUCCGGGAGAUCGUCGUCGGCAAGAUCGAGUCGGACCCGUUCAUCGCCGACCACCCCAGCAACGCUACAACUAUCAAACCGGAUGCACAGGACUUUCAAUUGGCCUACCUCGAUGACGAGAAUGAUCUGGUCUUGAUCACCUCAGAUAGGGACGUGACGGAUGCGGUGAACCAGGCCAAGAAGCAACGAAAGGAUCGAGUGGUCCUUCAUCUUAGAGGAGGUAAGAGCUGGGGAGACUCGGAGCUCUCCAAGAAGAAGGCCGCCGAAGUCUACUCGACGCGUCUUAAAGCAGUCACUGAAGCUGAAGAGAUCGAGAACGAGGAGCUCGAGGAACGUCAUUCUCAGGCCGGCUCUCGUGAUCGUCUCUCAACCACCAGAUCUAGCAAAAAGAACGCACACAAUCAGACCCCCGUCGACCCUACCCUCGUCGCUGGGGUCCCCAAAGAAUUCAUCCUCCCCGCCGCUAUCGGCUUCCUCGGCGUCGUCAUCCUCGGCGUCUUUCUGGCUAGCAAACCCGGCCAUUAAUCUUCCCGACUUUCUCUAUUCCCCAAUUUUUUUUUUCCCUAUAUAUUUAUCUCCCCCUUCCUUCUCACCUAAUUCAAAUCAAAUCAAAACGCAAAAAAAAACUUUUUUUCUUUCUAUAUCUUCAUGAAAAAAAAAAAUCGGAAAACUACUCUCUAAUCCAUCAAAACACGUAAUCUGGGCACGUUUCUCUUAUUUAACGAUUCUAUUUUUUUUUUUUAUACUUUGGGCACGUAGUGUGUGGUGAUGUGUUGGGAAUUGACUAAUGAAUAUCUAUAUAUGAAAGUAUAUGUAGCUGGUUUGCUAGUGCAAAAUAUCUACUACUGAGAUAAGAAAUUCUUGAAAAAAAAAACUCA